UCAUUUGAAAAUGGAGUCCACACAAUCUGCCACGGGUACUGUCUCUGAAAAGGCCACAAGUCUCAAGAUUAGAUACAGAGGAACACAGGCGUAUGGACAACUUGACAAUCUAUCAAUCUCUUAUCAGCCUACCAAAUGGCCAACCUUUGCCCAAGGAUCGAAGAUUUUAGCGACAGCGGAGGUAAAACCUGUGACAUUUGAGGCAUUCCAAGGCGUAUAUUUUAGUCAACAUUCUACUUUUAUCAAUAAACCAAAGAAAAAUAAAAACCAGUUUGGACCUGGAAGGUCAAAGAGAGUACAGAGAGGCGGUAUAAGGCAAAAUAUUUUCUCAAACGAUGGCAAAGACAGACCUAAAGUUAAUUCGCCAUCAGAAAAUUCCGAAACCAGGCGGGAAGACAAUGUUGAGUCUGGACCUAUUGUAUCGCAUUCAGCACAACAAUCCUUAACAGCUGUUACUCUCAAGUCACCAAAAGGCGAAAUGGACAGAGAUACUGUAGAUGUGCAAUUGCUCAGAGAGGGUGCUCAGUUCGAAGAAGGAAGACAUCUCCAAGCAACAGUAAAAAGCAAAACAUGUGUAGAAGGCAAUAACUCAAUGAUGAGUCACCCGCGCACAAACACGAAAGGACAACUAAUGGGCGACCUUACAUCUAAUGGCAGCAUAGCAGCACCCAUUUCCUUGAAAACAGGUGACUCUGGGUUUUAUGACCAAUAUGCAACGAAUUCAGCACGUUCCUCAGAAUUUUGUUCUCUUCUUUCCCCAUCGGUCGAACUAGAUGGAGGGACAUUAGAGGUGCAAGAACUCAGAGAGCAUGUUCUGUUAGAAGAGACAAAACCUGAACAGGUCAGAGAAGAGAACAUCAUUUCUGAAAAGCACGAAAAGAAACUGAUGCUUCAAAAGCAGACUAUUACCGGAGCUCAAUUAAAAGAAGACCUGGCACCUGAUGACAGUGCAACAACAUCCGUUUCUUUGGAACCAGAUGCCAGUGCUUCCUAUAAACUAAAUUCAGAAAAAGAAAUAACUCAAAGCCAUGUUAGAAACAUUGUAGCAGAUGAAUCUCUAGAGAUGUUGAUGAUUUUUCAAUCAGAGGCACAAGCAAUCACAGAUCGGCAGUUGACAAAGAUCAGCUCUGCUACUGCUGACCUUUGCAUUCAGGAUAAGCAGCAUUUAAUAUCGUCUACGGGUGACACUGGAUCAUGUAAAGGAAAGAAAGACUUUGUGAUUCUUCAUGCAGAUUGCGAUACAGGUCGUUCACACGAUUACAAGGAACACCUAGAGGAUAUAACCAGAGAUGCCAACAUUAACCCACCGUUGUCUGUUGACUUGUACAGCAGCAUCGAUGUAAAUAAACCAGGACUACAAGGACUAAAGGCUUUGUACGACAAAUACAGAUACAUUCUUGUUUUUGUGACACGUGCAUUUGAAUACGAUAAUUACGCUAAGUUUCAGAAUGAAAUUGUUCAGACUUUCGGUUUACAAAGUGGUUCUGAGUGCGCUUACCGUGUGUUGCCAGUUUGGAGAGAGUACGAAAAAAGUCAUAGUACGAUAAUUGCUUUAAAGUGUCUUCCAGGAUUUCCGUAUGUAUGGUUUGUUAGUAAACCAGCAAUGAAGAGAAGUUAUAUCGAUAUUGUGAAAACCACUGUUGUAAAGUCAAGACUUGAGAUCCCAUAGACUAAAAUCUUAAAAAAAUGUUUUGCCUUAGUAUGUAUAUAACACAAAUGUGCCUUACCUUAUUACAAAUCGGUGUUUGAAAUCGCUCUAAAUUUGAUAGUAUAUGCAAGGCAGCUUAAAAUUCUUCCAAAUGUUUUUUUUUAAGAAAAGAAAAUCAUGUCUGGCUUAUAAAAAGAGGACACA